AAACAAAAAAGCAAAGUAUAAAUAGGUUUGAAGACGAAUAAAAAAACAGAGACGUAUUUUCCACUUUCCACCGGCACGCAUUUCCAUUUGUGUUUUCACCGCCGCCCAACUCCCAUCUCCGAUCAGUAUUUCCGAUUUAACUGUUUUCUUAACCACUAUGGACGGCCAAGUUGGAGAUGGUAGUAUAUUGGUGCUUGUCGAGGAUGUUAUGGUACCAAUUAGUGCAAUAUACAAUGCAAUCAGUACCUUGAAGAAAGAGGGAGUUGAGAAGUUGGACCCUAAGAUUGUUACUCAAGCUUCAACUCAGAGUCUGGCAUCAGUGGAGUCUGCAUCUAUGGAUACUGUUGCUCUCAUCUGUAGGUCCCUUGAGUUUCCUAGCGAUAAAUUGUGUGGGGACAUCUCAAGAGUGUUGAAGCCAGGUGGAACAGUCUUACUUAGAUCCCAAUCAGUCUCAAAGGCAAACUCCACCCAUGAGCGCAAGUUAUUGUUGGCUGGAUUCUCUGAUGCACAAUCAUCUGAAGCCGGCCACUCUAUGGUGAUAUCAGCAAAGAAACCUUCAUGGAAAGUUGGUUCAUCCUUCUCUCUCAAGAAAGUCACAAAAAGUUUACCGAAAGUUCAGAUUGAUGAAGAUUCAGAUCUCAUUGAUGAGGAUAGCCUUCUUACUGAAGAAGAUCUGAAGAAACCUCAAUUACCAAGUGGUGAUGAUUGUGAAGUUGGUAAAACAAGGAAAGCAUGCAAAAACUGUACAUGCGGACGGGCUGAAGCUGAGACAAAAGUGCAACUUGGACCAACUGCUGAACAACUAGACAAUCCUCAGUCUGCCUGUGGCAGUUGUGGUCUAGGUGAUGCUUUCCGUUGCAGUACAUGCCCUUAUAAGGGUCUUCCUCCAUUCAAACUUGGUGAAAAGGUAACGCUUUCCGGGAAUUUUCUUGACGCUGACAUCUAAUUUCAGAUGAUAACAGUCAAUAUGCGGUUGCAGAAACUGUUACACUGAGGUCAAAGAUUUGUUUGUUCGUUCUCUUUUGGUUGAUAUGAGAUGAGUGAAUAUGUAAUAUACUCUGGUCGAGGGGGGUAAAACAACAGUGUUCUGUGUUAACUGCUGCUAGACCAUUAAGUAUUGUUAGAACAGACAUGGUUUUACAUGACAGGACGCAAAUCGUUGGAAAUGUACUAUCCAAUCACUCCCUCUCCCUCCCCCUCGCCCCCCCCCCCCCCCGGGGACCCACAUCAUGUGGACCUGCUCUUUAAACCUCAAGGUGUUCCUUCCGUUGUUCUUCAGCUGUGUAUUUAUUCCAUUGGGUGUUGUUCAUAGCUCAACGGAAGAAAAAAGAUGAGCACUAAGAUUAAGCUUGAGGAUUGGUUAUCUUAGAGGUAUUUGUGGAAGUCGAAUUUCUUUUUGACUCAUUUCUUGGCAGUAUGUGUGUGCUAGCUCAUAUUAGAUGGAGUUGCUAUCUUUUUUUUAAUCAAAGAUGUACUACUAGAUAUCUUCAAUCUGGCAAAUGACGACUUUAUCCUUUUAGACUGUA